AUGUCUUCUCAGUGGGCGGAUGAGCCGUAUUCCCUUAUUUCCACACUUCCAUUCUCAAAAGAUUCCUCACAUGCGGCAUACUAUGUGGCGACGCAGAUGGCGCUCGCGCACAAUGGCAUCCUCCGAGGGCUAAACUCGAUCUACCUCCAAGCGCUGCACAUCCCCCGUGAAGACCUGGGCACGAUCCGCGACUUCUUGACAUAUUGCCAAUGCUGGGGUGAAUCCAUGCACCACCACCACGAUGCCGAAGAAGAGGUUUUCUUCCCAAGCAUCGAGCAGAUCUCGGGUGUCCAUGGAAUCAUGGAUCGCAAUAUAGAGCAACACCGAGCAUUCACACCCGGGUUUGACCUGUUUCAGGAAUACGCGCGGACUUGUCCUCCUCAAGACUAUGACGGAGCGAAGGUCAGGAGCCUGAUCGAAGGGUUUGGAGAGUCAUUGUCUCGACAUCUGCGUGAUGAGAUUGACACUCUACGAGCUCUAGACGCGUAUGACAGCGAGCGUGUCCGGCAGGCUUACAAGCGUCUGGAGAAGUGCCUAAUGGCUACGGACAAUUAUCGAAUCGCACCCCUCGUAUUUGGGACCGCAGACAGAAGCUUCGAAGGCGGGUUGCAUGACUUCCCAUCUGUCCCAUUCUUUGUGCCGUGUAUCAUCCACUAUUUGUUUGCGAGGCGUCAUCGCGGCGCCUGGCGUUUCAAUCCGUGCACGAUUUGGAGGGAUCGCAGGGAGUUGGCCUUCAAGGGUGCAAACACAACGACUUGA